AUGUCAGACCAUCAAGAACCGAACGAAUCCUUUGGAUAUGAGGAGCAAGUAUUGGUGGAGUCUUACGGCGGUGUGACUGCCUUGCGUUUGGAGGCCUCUUCUCGAUGGAAUCCGAACACCAAGUUUCAUCCCUUUGGACAUCUCAACAAGCUCUUUGAAGUUGCAGACAAGAUUAUUGGAGUUGCUGAUGAUCUGAAUAGUCCUGGCCAAGAUGAUGAGGACCACCAACCCUUUCUAGAAAUGAUAAUGCAGAUAUCCAGCAGGGCCACACAAGACUUGCCGUCUUCCAAUAAGAAACGACUCGGUUUGGUUGCCACUAUGGAUGGGUCCCUGCCCACUGGUCCUUCUGGAUUUAUUAUUCAGAUCCGAUCCUCUCUACCUCCAUCUCCCUCCUUGACAACAAAAAUUGAAGCAAUGGUCCAAUCCUGGAUGAACGAGAGACUCAUUACAACACCAAUCUUGAACGCUUCCUGGGAUGUCGUUGCGGAACGUGGUGGUGGAAAAAAUGACAGCGACAGUCAGAAACCACCAACCACUUUGGUGCAAGUCUUUUUGCCCACCAAUGGUGCCGCGUGGAGUGCGGAUGCCUUGCAGCAAUCCUUUCGCGCCAGUCUCGGUUGCGAACAGCAGUCUCAGUUCAUGGGAAUUUCUGCCACGACAUGGUCGAAUCAGUUGGUGACUGGGGCUGCUUGGAACAAGCAAUUGUGGUGGAAAGUAUCGUCAAAAGAAAAGACAAGACGGGUAACAGUGGGGCUACAGUUGGAACAAGAAACGAAAAAUGCAGAGUCACUGUUAUCGUUGAUGGAGUCUUCCAAGACCUCUUGUUUACUGGGCAACCGAUCCAUCCAACAUGUUCAUCCAGCUUCUUCCUCCAUUUCACCACUACAAUCCUACAAAUUGGGUGCUUCAAAAGCAUUGGAAUCGAGUACCAUUGACCCCUUGGCUUCGGUCGACAUGGUCUUGCGCCGAACCUAUCCUCAAAAGGGACGACUGGAGACUUGGAUUACUGCUUCUAGCAACAACAUUGCAUCCUCGGAAUGCUCACUGCAGUUUCGACAGGUCAUUCCUCCAUAUCUGACUCCGUCCUGGCAGACUCUUGAAGUUCUUACCAGUAAGGAAGAUACACCCAAGAUUCAACCAUACGUCGAGUGGAUCGAAAAUGGCGCCAGUGUGGUGACUUUUUCGUUAGCAUCCAUAUCAGAAUCGUCGUUUACAGUCAUGAGCUUGGAGUAUGGUCCAAAAUUUGUCCCAUACGAUGACAUUCCUGGCGACCCAAACAGGGGACGUGAAUUGCCACCAGCAGUGGUUCAUAUUCAGUGCCCCCUCAAAAGUUUUGACUUGUACUCCAACUCGCCUCUGAUGCUUCCUCCUGUCCCAGAUAUGAGUAUGCCAUUUAAUGUGCUAUCCCUAUCUUGCAGUCUGUACGCCUACUUGAUUGGGACCAUCAUUUCCUUGCUGGUGAAACGAGCAUCCGAAAAAGUAACCUACAAACUGCAUCCUGAAAAGAAACCCAAGAGUAAAUUGGAAAAGUUGAAGGAGAAAAUCAAAUCGAAAUUAAACAAACUAAAGGGUGAAAAGAAUCAUCAGGAAACAGAUUCCAAGGAAGAUGGUGACAGGGACACAAAUGGCAACAACGAGAGCAAUGAAAAUAAACAAAACGAAUCAUUAUUGCCGGAGAACAAAACAAACAAAGGAACAGACUGA